AUGGGUGACCCCUAUUCAUCAACUGAUUACAAUAAUAGCGGAUAUUCUGCACAUUAUUCAGUUCCACCACCUGCCACAUCUUCAGGAGAUAAUAAUUACAGCGGGAGUCAGCAAGGUAGCUAUAAUCAUGGUAAUUACACUGGACAAAGUUCAGGCCAAGAUUGGAGUCCACAAGGUUCAGGUGGAAAUAACUACAGUGCAGGUGGUCAGCCUGGCAACAACUAUGGACAAAGUUACAAUUCAAACUAUGGAAGUGGGGGCUAUGACCGAAAUAGCGGUAGUGGCAAUAACUACAAUGUGAGUGGAGGUGAUCGCGGUGGCAGCAACUAUAGUAGCAGUGACCGUGGGGGUGGCGGUUCCAAUUAUGGAGGAAGUGAUAGGGGAGGAAGUGGUUACUCUGGUGGCGAGCGGGGUGGAUAUGGAGGGGGUGAUCGAUCCAGCUACAAUAGAGAUGGGGGAAAUAGAGAUAGUGGAUAUGGUGGCGGCGGCAGGGGGGGUGGUUAUAAUAAAGGUGGUGGCGGAGGUGGUUACGGCGGCGGGGAUCGGGGUGGAAGUGAUAUGAUCACCCAGGAAGAUACUGUUUUCAUCCAAGGCAUGAAUCCUUCUACUACUGAAGAUGAAUUAUGCCAGCAUUUUGGAGCUAUUGGCAUUAUUAAGAUGGAUAAAAAGACUCAGAGACCUAAAGUAUGGAUGUAUAAAGAUAAAGCCACAGGACAACCUAAGGGCGAAGCCACAGUCACUUACGAGGACAGUAAUGCCGCUUCUUCUGCUAUUCAAUGGUUUGAUGGAAAGGAUUUCAAUGGAGCUACAAUAAAAGUGUCUCUUGCACAAAGACAAAACACGUGGGGCGGUAGCAAAGGGGGUGGCGGUGGUGGAUUCCGUGGAGGCCGCGGCGGCGGAGGUGGUGCUCCCCGUAGCGGUGGCGGCGGCGGCGGAGGAAGAGGUGGCGGCGGUGGACCCCCGUCUGGCAAUCGCGAAGGAGACUGGCGUUGUCCCAAUCCGAACUGCGGAAAUACUAACUUCUCGUGGAGGAGAGCUUGCAACAGAUGUAAUGAAGAGAAGCCCGGCGGCGGCGGUGGCGGUGGGCCACCUAGCGGCGAGCGCGGUGGAGGUGGCCCUCCGGGGCGUGGGGGUCGCGGCGGCGGCCGUGGGGGAGGCGGCUGGGGGGGGCGCGGAGACCGCGGAGGCGACCGUGGCGAUAGGCGCUACGGGGGCGGGGGCGGUGGUGCCGGCGGCGGAGGCAACGGGGGCGGCGACCGGAGCGGCGGCACCGGCGGCGGAGCUAUGAGGGGCGACGGAGGGGGCAGAGACAGACAGAGGCCGUAU